AUGAGCUCCUGGCGCCCGACCGGCUCGCACGGCUCCCCACCUCGCCGUGGUCGACCCCACGAUGAGCACCCCGGAACCCUUCCCGCUCCGCCGCACUUCGCCGGUAGCCAGGCUCCCCAGAUGUUCCCUGCGGCCGCCGUCGCGAGACAUCUCGCCUCGUUCCAGACUGCUGCCACCUCCAACACGCGCCAACAACCAACCGAUAACACCGAAGCCUGCCACCCUCCUCACCAUCACCGCCCCGCCGACGCCGCCAGCAGGUUCACCGCGCCCUGGCCGCCCACGUUUGCUCCGCCGCGUCCUAGCUUCCCGUCCUGGGCCGCGGCUGUGCGCCCCACCGCGAUGAUCCCACGUGAGACCGGAAGAACCCAUGACGUCUACUCCGGCUGCACGGCAGGGGCGGGCGUCGGGAACACGGUGACUAAUGCAGGCUGCCUGCGCAUGGCAGCGAGCGUCGGGAGCACGGCGGCCGGCGGGGGGCGCAACUUCAUCGUCUCGCCGCUGUCGCUCCACGCGGCGCUCGCGCUGGUGGCCGCUGGCGCCAAGGGCGAGACGCAGCGGGAGCUGCUGGAUUUCCUGGUGGGGCCAGCUGGGUCGUCGCUCGCCGCGCUGCACGGCGACCCGGCGAUCAGACUGGUGGGCAUGCUCCGUGGUCUCGAGCAGACGUCCUUCGCGUGCGGCGUCUGGGUCGCCCAUGGGCGGGCACUCAGGCCGGAGUUCGUGGAGGUCGCCGGCGCUGUCUACGCCGCCGUCGCGGAAUCCGUUGACUUCCGGUCAGAGCCGGAAAAGGCGAGGCAGCAGGUGAACACCUUCGUGAAACACGAAACCAAAGAGCUCAUCGACGAGGUCCUCCCCGCCCGCUCCGUCGACUCGUCCACGGUGGUCGUUCUCGCCAACGCGCUCUACUUCAAAGGGACGUGGGCUCAGCCGUUCGACCCGUCGGCGACCUUCGCCGCGCCGUUCCAUCUCGCCGACGGCACCACCGUGCGCGCACCGUUCAUGACGACGAGCCUGUUUCAGCAGCACGUCGCCGCCUUUCCCGGCUUCAAGGCCCUCAAGCUUCCCUACAAGAACGGCGGCGGCUUCCACCACGUCCACCAAGCCGCGUCAUUCUACAUGCUCCUCCUCGUCCCGGAUCAUAGCGCCGCCCUCGGGCUCGCCGGACUCUACGGCAAGGCCGUCUCGACGCCGGACUUUAUCAGGAGGCACACGCCGGCGGACCAGGUUCCGGUCGGGCGGUUCAUGGUCCCGAAGUUCAGGUUCGAGUUCAAGUUCGAGGCGUCGCGGGAGAUGCAGGAGCUCGGGGUGGCCAGGGCUUUCGGAGGCGGCGACUUCUCCGGCAUGGUGACAGGCGGAAAUGGGCUGCGCAUCUCCGGGGUGUAUCACAAUGCCACCGUCGAGGUGGACGAGCUGGGCACCGUGGCCGCGGCCGCCACCGCCGUGUGCUUGUCGCAGUGCGCAAGCGCGCGGCCUCCCGUGGAUUUCGUGGCGGACCGGCCGUUCCUGUUCGCCAUCGUCGAGGAGAGGACCGGCGUGGCUCUCUUUCUUGGGCACGUGGUGAAUCCUCUGGACGGGUGA